CAUUUCUCCUCGGAACAACCCUAACUCGCCAGCUUCCAAAUUCCCACCCGAGUCAACUCAGUUCGAGUCUAUGGAUUCUCACUCUCACCUAACCAUACCCAAUCGCUCUCGCAGCUCCCAGUCUCCGUCCCCCUCUCACUCUGCUUCCGCCUCCGCCACUUCGUCCAUUCAUAAACGGAAGUUGGCAGCAGCCGCCUCGGCUGCGUCUGAAGACCACGCCCCUCCAUUUCCUCCGUCUUCUUUUUCCGCUGACACUCGAGAUGGAGCACUGACGUCCAAUGAUGACCUGGAGAGCAUCUCGGCCCGUGGAGCUGACUCUGACUCCGAUGCUGACGAUUCAGACGCUGUCGUUGACGAUGAUGAAGACGAGUUUGAUAAUGACUCCUCUAUGCGUACGUUCACUGCUGCCCGCCUGGAGACUAAUGCUGGAGCCUCGGCUACCGGCGCUGGUUCAGGUGGAGGAGGCGGGCCCUCGGCACGCAACACGAAGCUGAAGAUGGAAAAUUCGACGGUAAAGAUUGAAAAGUCGGAUGGCGGGAAGGAUGGUGGACCUACGGGGACUAGUGCCGUGGGGUCUACCACCGCGGGCGGCUCCGUAGCAGGGAUAGUGACGAAGGAGGACGCGGUAAAGAUUUUUACCGAAAAUUUGCAAACUAGUGGAGCUUAUAGCGCUAGAGAAGAAAGUUUGAAGAGAGAGGAGGAAGCCGGAAGACUCAAGUUUCUAUGUCUUUCAAAUGAUGGCAUUGAUGAACAUAUGAUUUGGUUGAUAGGAUUGAAGAACAUAUUUGCUAGGCAAUUACCCAACAUGCCCAAGGAGUAUAUUGUCCGUCUUGUGAUGGAUAGAAGCCAUAAAUCUGUAAUGGUUAUCAGACGCAAUCAGGUUGUUGGUGGCAUCACAUAUCGUCCAUAUGUCAGCCAAAAGUUUGGGGAGAUAGCUUUUUGUGCAAUCACAGCGGAUGAACAAGUAAAAGGUUAUGGUACGAGAUUGAUGAAUCAUUUGAAGCAGUAUGCACGUGAUAUUGAUGGGCUAACACAUUUUCUGACAUAUGCUGAUAAUAAUGCUGUUGGUUAUUUCAUCAAACAGGGUUUUACCAAAGAGAUUUACUUGGACAAGGAUCGAUGGCAAGGGUAUAUUAAAGACUAUGAUGGAGGUAUUCUUAUGGAAUGCAAAAUUGAUCCAAAACUCCCAUACACCGAUUUAUCUACCAUGAUUCGUCGCCAAAGGCAGGCAAUUGAUGAAAAGAUUAGAGAGCUAUCUAAUUGUCACAUUGUUUACACUGGAAUUGAUUUUCAGAAGAAAGAAGCUGGUAUUCCUAAAAAGAUCAUCAAAGUUGAGGAAUAUCCUGGCUUCAGUACAACUUGUAAGGUUUCAAAGACUGAUUGGAAGCCUGUUUUGAAUGUGAUAACAGGGGAGGCUGGAUGGACUCCUGAUCAAUGGGGCCAUUCUCGUUUCAAUGCAUUUAAUACUUCCACAGACAGUGCCACAAAUCAAAAGCAUUGGACUGUAUUCAUGCGCUCACUUUUGAAGUCAAUGCAUGACCAUGUUGAUGCUUGGCCAUUUAAGGAACCAGUUGAUGCUCGUGAUGUCCCUGAUUAUUAUGACAUCAUCAAAGAUCCUAUGGAUCUGAAGACAAUGUCAAAAAGGGUAGAGUCAGAGCAAUACUAUGUAACCUUUGAUAUGUUUGUUGCUGAUGUGAAGAGGAUGUUUGCCAAUGCGCGCACAUAUAACUCACCUGAUACCAUUUAUUUUAAAUGUGCAACCAGGCUGGAAAACCAUUUUGAAAGCAAAGUUCAAUCAGGUCUCCAGUCUGCUGCCAAAAUUCAGCAGUAACAACUUCAACAAAUGUACAUAUCCUCUCUCUAAGGAGAUAAGUAUUCACUAAAUUUGUGUUUCACAUAGCAUCGGUACGUGAUUAUUUGUGUAUCCAUGUACAAUGCCUACCUGGAGUGUGGAUCGUGUCAUAAUUUAUUCUUUUUUCUGUUCUCCCCAAAUCAUGUAUGCUGCAUUUUCUUUUUUUUUUUGGGUGGGUACAAUUGGCUCUGAUUAGGACGUAAAACUCAAGAUUGAUUAGGACUAACUCCAGACUUUACAGCUUUGAAGACGAUUCUAAGUAUCAAGCUCAUUGGUUAUAUCAUGUAUGGUUUACAUUUUCUAACCAGAGAUGAUGUUGGAGUUGCUUUGCUGUGUCACCAGGUCCUAGUCGGGUGUUCCACCCUCCCUGUACCCCUAAAAGUAUAUCUUCAUCUUGUUUGCAGUGCACAUUGUGGGCUGUGCUUUUUAUUUUUUAUUUUUUAAUUCUAAUGCUUCUUUUCAUUAAACGCAUUUAAAUCCUAUUAACUUAAGUUGAAUAAACGUGGCUUAUUGUAUUACACUGUAACAACGAGCAUACAAAUCCCUUUGUUUAUGACCA